AUGGCUAACAGAAGCAAAGAUGGCGGACAUCUGGGUUGCUUCUGCACUUUGGUGAUUAUGAAUAAAGCUGCCAGGGGUCUCCCGCCAGCCCCGGGGACCCUGCGCGCCGAGCGAGCGCGGAACUACUUUGCCAUUCUUGAGGAAGCCAGAUGCCUGAGAACUUCUCUGCCUAUGGACAGUUCUGGUCUCCUGGUAACAGGACUCUCCAAGUCAGAGAAGGAUUUGAUGACAAUGAAUCAGUUUGACUUCCUUUUAUGUAUGGAAUAUGUGAACUUUAUAGACCAACCAAACUCGAGUGACAGUUUUCAUAGCCAACACCUGAUGAGAGAGUAUGGUGUCUUUUUCAGAAAAGGUGGCCUCAGUAACAUGCUGUUCCAGUGCUCCCUACCCGACACUACAGCUACUAUUGGUGAUGAACCUCGGAAAGUUCUCCUGCGGCUGUACGGAGCCAUUUUACAGAUGAGGUCCUGUAAUAAAGAGGGAUCCGAACAAGCUCAGAGAGAGAAUGAAUUUCAAGGGGCCGAGGCUAUGGUUCUGGAGAGUGUUAUGUUUGCCAUUCUCGCAGAGAGAUCGCUUGGGCCAAAACUCUAUGGCAUCUUUCCCCAAGGCCGACUGGAGCAGUUCAUCCCGAGCCGGCGGUUAGACACUGAAGAAUUAAGUUUGCCAGAUAUUUCUGCAGAAAUAGCUGAGAAAAUGGCUACAUUUCAUGGUAUGAAAAUGCCCUUCAAUAAGGAACCAAAAUGGCUUUUUGGAACGAUGGAAAAAUACCUAAAUCAAGUGCUGAGAAUUAAAUUUACUGGGGAAUCCAGAGUUAAGCAGCUCCACAAAUUCCUCAGUUACAAUCUCCCUUUGGAACUGGAAAACCUGAGAUCCUUGCUUGAAUCUACUCCAUCUCCAGUUGUAUUUUGUCAUAAUGACUGUCAAGAAGGUAAUAUCUUACUGCUGGAAGGCCGAGAGAAUUCUGAAAAGCAGAAACUGAUGCUUAUUGACUUUGAAUACAGCAGUUAUAACUACAGGGGGUUCGACAUUGGGAAUCACUUCUGUGAAUGGAUGUAUGAUUAUAACUAUGAAAAGUACCCCUUUUUCAAAGCAAACAUUCAAAAGUAUCCUACCAGGAAACAACAGCUCCAUUUUAUUUCCAGUUACUUGUCUGCAUUCCGAAAUGACUUUGAAAACCUCAGUAGUGAAGAAAAAUCCAUCAUAGAAGAAGAAAUGUUGCUUGAAAUCAAUAGGUUUGCCCUUGCAUCCCAUUUCUUCUGGGGACUUUGGUCCAUUGUACAGGCCAAGAUUUCAUCCAUUGAAUUUGGGUACAUGGACUAUGCCCAAGCAAGGUUUGAUGCCUAUUUCAACCAGAAGAAGCAGCUUGGGGUGUAAAUGGGAGAAUUCCAUCCACUCAUCACUGGACUGCGUCGGGGGCAGCUGAGCAGGGUCCCCUCCGUGCUUCAACCACUGCACCUGCGGCAGGAAGGCUUUGGAUGGCUCGCUGCUGAACACAGACAUGUAUGAUACUAAAGACUGUAUUAAAGUGGAGUAACAUUUCUUUCA